AUGCGUUUAACGAAGCUACCCUAUGCGUGCUUCCAGCUUAUUUUCCUGGCGGUAAUCUUUGAUCCACGCUUUUUCACGCAUGCUAAAUACAAUGUGAGCGAAAGAGUGAUGUAUGAGAGUAGUAACAUACGUCCUUUUUCGCAAAUUGGAGCCGCAACCUUUGUACGAAACAAUGUCCUUUACACCAUAGGAGGGCUAUCGCAAUACUACAACACAACCAAACCGACCAACAGUUUUGUUGGAUUUCGCCUCAACCAGCUAAAUGGCGAUAUAGAAACGGAUUUCCCAUCAGCCCAAGAUUGCCCUGAGUUAGCUUAUGGCCAAGCUGUGCUGCUUCCUGAUAAUGACCGUGUAUUGCUUUUUGGUGGCAAAAACGAAGAUGUAUGGGGUGAAAACACCACGCUUCUGGUCCAUGAAUACCGAUUCAGUACCGCAAAGUGGCAACUGCUAAAUGUCACUGAUACCAACAAUGCAACGAACGAUGGCACUGUACCCCGGAAUAGACACAAGCACACAGCUACGCUUGCCCCCAACGGAAAAAUCUACAUCUUUGGUGGUGUAGUACCAGGUACCAGCAUAGCAAGAACACUCUUCCACGUAUGGGAAUACGAUCCUGUCAGCGGUCGCUUCACCAACAAGUUCCCCAUCGAUUAUGAUGACCUUUUUCCUGCUUCCCUCACCAACAUAGCCCUUCCGGAUGGAAAGAUUGCCUAUGUGAUCCAUGAUCAUCAAUGGGAUGAGGCUUUAAUCUUUGAUACCAACGGCGGCGUGGGAUACAAGCAAGAACUUUCCAAUCAAACAACGGGCAAGUUUCCUGACGCAAGACUUGGUGCCAAUGCUAUUCUUGUGCCUGAUAAUUCGACAAUCUACUACUUUGGAGGUCGAAAAGCAACGGGAGGUUUCGAUGACUAUGACGACGCUCUUGACAUCGGUCAAACGGAAUUGGUUGCAUACAACGAAAUCGAUGUAUUGGAUACCAAAACUUGGACAUGGCUAUCUCCUAAAGAAGUGCGUGGUGAACCAGCUAAGGCACGUUAUGAUGCAUCAGCAGCUCUAUUGUAUGGGAAAUACUGGACGUUCGUUGGAGGGAUCUCUGAAUUUCUAUGGACAAAUGAUCUAAACGUGCUUGAAAUUCCUGAAGCCAACUCCCCCACAAGUACUUUAGCAAAUGCAUCCAUCACCUUGACAUGGCUCCACAACAUCACCGAUCCAAAUCUUGAUGAAAACGAGAAUCAUGAAUCGAAAGGGCUUGGAGGAGGUGCCAUUGCUGGUAUAGUGGUGGGAUCUUUGGCAGGUGCUAUGUUGGUGAUUAUCACGCUUGUUUGGAUGAUGCGUCAUGCAAAUCUUGGGCCAUUAGCGAUAGCAACGGCAAUACGGGGAGCUUUGAUCUCACUCGUUUGGGAUAGGCGUGCAGGUGAACCAUUGUGGACAGCUAUCUUACAUUCGGUGUCAAAGUUGAUCCUUACAGGGUUGUUCAUAGCGUAUUGUGUCUACAGCUUCAUUCAAAUUGUGCAAAGCUCUGAGACAACGAUGACUAUGAGCACACCUGUUAACCAAGUACGACUGCCAGAUAUACGGUUUUGCUUUGACAAUUUCCGUCGUACUGAAGACCACGCACACAUGCAAUCCGAUAUUGUGUCAACUCCAGGUGCUAAAGCGAUGAACUGGACGACCGACUUUUGGACAUAUUUAGAUAAUUCUUACCAUGUGCCUUACUACUCCAGCAGCAGCUCGGCUGAUCUUCGUUGUUGGUUGUUCUCAGCUCCGCCAGAUUUCAAGCUUGAUUACCAGGCCAACAAUCCAAAGAGUAAUGGCACCAGGCUUCGCUUCCUUCUUGCCAGCAUUGAAAUUCUCGAUGUGAGUCCUUACUUGUACCAGAGCCGCGUCCACAUUUCGGUCUAUCAUCCCGAUCGCAAUCCCAUCAAAGUAGUGUACAACAUUAGCGACCAACCCAACCUCAGCGACGAUUACAUACAACAAUGGUUACGACGUGAAGCAAGUGACCAGCAAACUGAAAACAGCUAUACAAUGGAAUUCAAUACAUCUUCAUCCAUUGGCUAUCAACUCAAGAACCAUCGUUACCUUGUGGAUACCCCUUGGAAUGCUGUUGGAUUCGCUCAAAUACGCAACGACACACCCGAAGUGGAGACAUCAUUUCGUACAAGUAUCCAAGAUGGAUCGAUGAUGAUCAGGAACGUCCUCGAUGUGUAUCCUGCAAGCUUUGCUGAAAUUGUAGAAGAGGAUCAGCGCGUGGACACCCUCAUGUCUGCUUCUGGUUUGAUUGGUGGUAUGCUUUCAUUGAUCACUUCUAUCCUUACAACUCUGUAUGGUGCACGUCCUACCUCCAUGUAUGGCUGGAUCAUGAAAUUGCCAUUCAACAAGCCAACGCGCUCGAUUGAAAGAAACCUGCUACGAAGCUUUGGAUCUCUUGGUCAACCUAUUCCCUUUGUACAUCCUGUCGACCCUCAUGUCUUGAACCCCCGGCAACUUCAGGAGCACAAACUAGUAGAAACAGCAUACAGCAACACCGCUACGGAUGAUUUGCAUGCCAAAAUUCGAAAUAUGGAAGAAACGCAUCAGCGAGAGAUGGUGGAUCUUGAACGGAGACAUGACAACCAAAUGGCUGCCCUUUUGAAACGACUGCAAUUGAUGGAACUGGUUUUCAAGUCAUACUAUAUCGAUGAUGAAGUAUUCAACAAGCUGCAUGAAGCUCAUUGUGCUGAACAAGAUCAUCAAAACAAUAGCGGCACCCUGACACCAACAACAACCGCUGACAACGAUGGGAUAUUUACCCGACUCUUCCGCCGUCGUCGAUACCGUGCUCCACAAAAUGUAUCAGACGAGGAACAACCUGCUCAUAAUUCGGCUGCACUAUUGCUCGAUUUACCCGAGAAGCAUGGAUCGUGA